GCUGGAAACAAAAAACGUAGCCGAGCAAUCUCAAGUUUGUAAACUCUAACUUUCACUUUGUGAGAUGAUGCUAUUCAAAUCAUUGUGGAGAGUUCCUCUUUCAAGCAUUUGGACAUUUAUUCAUUAAAAAAUAAACAAACUUGAGUUUUGUACAUCGCAGCCCCCCCCCCCCCCUUUUUUCUUGUUCGGUGUUGGCUUUAUGAGCAGGGAAAUAACUCUUGACAUUAGUAUCUAGUGGUUAAGGAUAUUGAGAGUGAGUUGUACAGAGCUCCCAGUCGCCCAAACAGUAUUCUUCCUACAGAAGCAUCAAAAUUAGUCCAAGAGAAUUAGUAACAAGGAUCUAAUCUCUAUUACCAGCUUCAGGAGCUAGCAAAGUGCUCUCUCUCCACUUCCCCUUCACCUUGGUCUGCUAGGUAUGACCACUGGAUUUAUUUUGUCCACUGGGCUGCGGUAACGGAACGCAGUGCAGGCUUCAUUCUAAUGAGGAAGUAAGAAAAACAUUGAGGCCAAGACUGUUGGGUAACAGAUCGUCUAUCCGUUGACUUCUUCCCACCUUUUCCUGUUGGCUGUAUUGACGAGUACCGAAUGACCCUGCGUGUUCUAGAGUUACCUGCUGGUAGGUGAUAAGUCUAAUAGCAAUGAGGCUAAAAUGAUGCUAUGCUAACAUUGUCACAGGUUCAACAGAGCACUACUUCGGCCCAUCGUUGACCAUGAAGAUCUCCGCCUUGACCUUCUUUAUUUUGGUCUUUGAUGUCACUGACAGUUUCUUGAAAAGCAUUCAGCUGUCUGAAGAAGACAAACUGAUCAAAUCUCUACUGGCUAAGUACAGAAGACGUGGUACCUAUAGCCGUCCUGUAGAGUUCUAUAAUGACACCAUCACCAUCAGCUAUAACAUGCAACUGAUUCAAAUUAUGGACCUGGAUGAGAAAAACCAAGUUCUGACGUUGAACGUCUGGGAUCGUUUCAUAUGGUAUGACAUCCAUUUGAAAUGGGACCCUGCAAAACACGGAGGGGUGGACAGUAUUCGUGUCCCGUCCAGUAAGAUCUGGAUUCCUGAUUUCAAACUGUAUAACUAUGCUGAUGAGCGACUGGCUGAGAGACGUGAUGCCCGAUGUACUGUGUCUUACGAUGGCAAAGUGCUGUGGAUGCCGCAAGCUAUUUACAAGAGUUCCUGUGAGAUUGACGUAGCUACCUUCCCUUUUGAUAUCCAAAACUGUACACUCAAGUUUGGGUCUUGGACUCACUCGGGAAUCUUGAUUGACCUUAUGGUACUCUACCAAGAGGAAAAAGUCAAAGAAGGGAAGAUUGAUAUGUCACAAUAUGUGAAAAGUAAUUCUUGGGACAUUCUCAAGUUUCCAGCAGUUAGAAAUGUCAAACUGUACACUUGCUGUCCUGAUGAGCCCUAUGUUGACCUUUCCUUCACUAUAGUAUUCCGACGUAGGUCCACCUUCUACAAUUACAUUCUGAUCCUACCUUGUAUUCUGUUAACAUCACUGACCUUGGUUUUGUUUUGGAUUCCACCUGAGUCACCUGCUAAAAUGAUGCUAGGUAUCAACAUUUUUGUCGCCUUUUUCUUGUUAAUGUUACUGAUGGAAGCCAAUCUGCCGCCAUCAGCUGCCAAAGUGCCUCUAUUAGGGACGUACUACUGUCUGAAUAUGAUUCUCAUUACAUUGUCUUGCUUUCUGAACAUUGUCGCCGUCCACUUCUCGUUCUAUGGACCAAGACGACCGCUGCCCCAUUGCCUGAGGAUGGUGAUGUUUGAAUUCUUCGCAAAGAUACUCUGCAUGGACAGCCUAGUCAGUCAGUUCCGAGAUAAGACUAUAUCCGAGCUGACUUCGAGACUUGUUGGGGACAGGGUACCAUUUUUGGGUAUGCCCCUGAAUGGAGACAAGAGCAGCAAGUGGGUAGUCAGCGGCGAUGCCCUUCCACCUUCAGAACAGGAGCAGAUAAACAUGGCGGGUAUGGACGCUGAGCAGCAGAUUGUCCAGUUAAAAAUGAUCAACACUCAUCUGAGUGACCUGAUGGACUUUAUCAAGAUGUACAAGACAAGGACUACCAACAAAGACCGGAAAGAGAGAGUGGCCCAAGAGUGGAAAGCUCUGAGUCUUAUAUUUGACCGCAUAUUUUUCUGGGUCUAUCUGGCUGCUAUCAUUACCUCCCUGUGUGUUAUAAUGCCAAUGAUUACAUACAAUGAACAUAACAUAGAGAAAGAUCCGAUUCUAGAGUAAAAGUCAUUUGCAUGGCAUUUCAAGCAUAACUAACAUCACAGACAGAUCAUUUCAACCAGCAGUUCGGAACGAAAGAAAGAUUCAUUGGAAUCAACUUGAAAGAAUAAGAAUGCUUGAAUGAAAUGAGCCUAGACAUUAGAGUUCCUCUGUGGGACAGAAACGUAUUUUUGAUAUGGGUGAAUUAAACAGCUGGUCUUGACCUACUCAUGACAACAUGGAAUAAAAGUGUCUAUUAGAUGAUGUGUAUGAAUUUCCUAAAUGUAUGAAAUCAUAUAGCAUGAUCAUUCAAUACUUUGCUAUUGUUUUUUUAAGUCAUUUUCUUAAUGAGUCUCAGUCAAACUAUAAGUGACAUUCCGAACAACAUGGAGGCUUAAAAACUGUCAUUUAACAACAAAACUGUAUGAAAGAAAACAUUUUCAACAAACAUUAGAAACAAGAAAACAUCAAUCAAGAAUUCAAAGUCAUUUAAAAAAUAGUCAGAAUCAAGUUGUUUUUUUUUUAAUUUCGUUUUCCAAAUCCAAUCCAUUAAAAGGGGGAAAGUGGAGAAGAGUACUUUGCAUAUUGAGAAGUUUCACUCUAAGCAUGCAUCUAGUUGCGUGUAGGCAAUAAUCAUAACAUUGUAAACCUCUUUGUGUAUUCUCAUCUGUAAAAACGCAUUUGGGUUAAGUUGUAACAAAGUUACAAAGAAAAAAAAUCAUAUUAUUGACAUUUCUAUGUGGGAUGGGAGAGGGAAUGUAUGGCUGUCAGACAUUCGUCACUGUUGAUGUAUAGGACACUUUAAUUAAUGUUCCUGUUAAUUUAAUAAGAGUUCCGUUGAUACCUUAAUUAAUGUUCAUGUCUAUGAAAAAGUUCAGUUGAUGUUGCACAUGAAAUAUUUCAAACUAUUCUCUAAACUAAAUGCUAAGAUAGAUCUAGAUCUAGGCUAUAUUCUAGGUGGUGAAAUUGCAAAGGAAAGAUUUGUUGAUGAGUUUAUGUAUACUAUGAGCUUUUUUUGUGUGUUUUGUUUUGAACUUUCUCUAAGGCAUUUUGACUUUGAAUGCUACUAAGAGACCACACUUCAGAGAGUGUAUAGAUCUACUACAUCUACAAGGACUAAUUUUUUAGCGGAAAAAAAAAAGAAUGUUUAUUGUCUGAUAGUAGUCUUGAGUUGUGAGACUUUGUAAGCAAUAAGACAUUUGUUGAAUUACUUUGUCUUACUAUAACAGUAAUGUAUUGAGUAGGCUAAAAUGGCCCUCUAAGUAUUUUUCUACACAUCAAACAUAUGUGAUCUUUAAAAAAAAAUUAAUAUUUAUGUUUAGAAGUUAUACACUAAAUAUUUGAUAAGCCAUUUAAAGACGUAGUUUAGACCAGACUUGAUCAAAUAUAGAUCUAUUCCCCACAACCUUUGAGAAUGAACAGAAAGCAGAAAGUUUUUACAUGCACACAUAUGCCUGCACACACAUUCACACAUACCUGCACUUUAAUACACACUGUCAAGCAAACCUUUGUUUGAUGUGGUUAAUCAUAUUUCUUUAUAGGUCUGUGAGUCCAACUCAGAACUACCAAACUUCAGUCAUUCUUACCUAAGCUCACUGACCUGUUCAAAUGAUCUCCAAAAAUAAAUCAUUUGACGCUGUUUUACAUUCCGUGUCUAUUUUGAAUGUAUGCAAUAUGGUGAGACAAAGCUCGUGGUCUUAUGACUGACCAUUGGUCAUUAUGAUUGUGUCCAAGUACUCAUUGUUCAUCUCCAAUCGAAUGGUCUGUCAGUCAUUUGGUACAAAUUUUUGCGUUCUGGUGUCAUGGUGACUUUUGCCACUUUAAAUGUAAUGAUGAGAGGCCCCAUUAUGUUUUAUAGGAAACUAGUCGACCGGCGGCGUAGCAUACGCCGCUUUUUUGCAGGGCCGGCCUUAGGUGACCGCAGUGGGCUCCGCACUUAUACGACCGCAGCGCGCAAACCGCACGACCAGGUAGCCAUCCGUAGCGAAGGGUGAAAUAAUACUUGUUCUUCCCCCUCUUUUUUUCCUGAGCCGUGCUCUCUGUCGCCUCGAUAGUUCCUACAGAGUAAAUUACUUCCCCCCCUCCUCUUUUUUACGUGAGGUAGAAAUAAAACAAGUAUGAUCUAUCUUGGUUACAACGGUCCGGCCCUGCUAUUUUGUAAAUACUUGUUCUCCCCCCCCCCCUUCUUGUUUUUUCGUGGGGUUACUAUCCGUAGAUAUAAGAGAGUGAUCUUUCCUUUACUUCUUGCUCGUCCAAACUGUUGAGCGAAGAAGAGAAUUUUAUAUAUAUAUAUAGAUUGUGCAAUAUCAAAAGUACACCAGUAAACAAAAAAACAAAAACAAACAAAUUCCUUACCAUCUUUAAAGUACUAGACAAUAUGUAUAACACCAUCUCCAAAGCAUUUUAAAUACAAUACAGAAUAUUUAAACUUUAAAAAUUAUAUUGUAAACUUAGAGAGUAGAAAAACAAUGUUUUCAAUACAAAUAGUCUCUAUUCCAAAUGCUCAAAUACUUUGUUGGCUUCUAGGUGAUAUUUUAAAUAGAUUUGUAGAUGUUUAAGCUCAUCGUUUGACCAAAUAGUCCAAUUGUAGAGAAUAGAAAAGAUACAAGAAGUGGUUGAUUGUUUGAAAGUGAGUGUGUGUGUGUAGGCCAAAAGUUUCACACGACUCACACAGAUGUUCUGAUUGCUCCUCAUGCUUUCUCUCUAGCCGAAGGAGUUCCAUAUGAGAUGCACGCAUGAUGACAUAACUUAAUAUGAAGUUUAAAAUGUUUACAUUAGUUAAAAGUCUUGACCUAGAUUGUUUAAAUGACACUUUGAAUGUUGAUGUAAUAAUAAACCAACUCUUUUAAGAACUUUUUUUAUGAGAAAACAUGGAAACUCAAAUGUUUUACUUAUUUCUUAGUUUGUAAAGUUACAAAUAUACACAAUUAUUUCCAAUUAUCAAUAUACAAAGUUAGCAGUUUUUUUUUUAAAUAGGUUCUCUCUUUCAGCAACCUCAAGAAAGUCUUUCGAGAACAAAAUUUAUUUAUAACUUGUUUCUACAUAGGUUUAUGUUUUUGCAAUUCCUCAAUAUUUGAUCUCUCUUUUUUUAUGUUUUUGUUGCGGACACUGUGAAGAAAAGGUUUUUAGUUCCUGAAAACUUCUUAUCAAUUGAACGAAAAGUAUGAAAACAAUCCUUAACAUGUGGUGAGACAGAAUGUGGAGAGAAUGUGGAGUAGAAUGUGGAUGGACAAAAUCUGGAAAAAAAUUAGGAGAGACAGAUUAUGGAAAAAAAAAUGUGAGCAGACAGUAUAAAGAAAGACAGAAUGUGGAAAGAAAAUGUGAGCAGACAGUAUAAAGAAAGACAGAAUGUGGAAAGAAAAUGUGAGCAGACAGUAUAAAGAAAGACAGAAUGUGGAAACAAUCUGAAGAGACAGAAUGUGGAAACAAUCUGAAGAGACAGAAUGUGGAAACAAUCUGAAGAGACAGAAUGUGGAAACAAUCUGAAGAGACAGAAUGUGGGAAAGAGGAAACUUUGACUAUGAUGCAAAAAAAAAAAAAACGUGGUGAAACAAAAUGUAGAGAGACAAAAUUUGGAGAGACAGAAUGUAAAAAGAUAAUGUGGAGAAAGUGUGGAAAGAGAUUGUAGAGAGAAAAUGUGUAGAUACAGAAUGUGGAAAUAGAAUAUAGAAAGAAGAAUUAGAAGAGCUAAAAGGUGUAGAGGGAAUCUGGUUAGAGAAUGCAGAAAGUCAAAAUGUGGAGAAAGAAUCUUGAGAGUCAAAAUAUGUGGAGACAGAAUGUGGAGAGAGAUUUACAGGUUAAUCAAAAUACUUUUCAACAUGAGUUAUCUUUCUAUACAAUCUUGACGACCAUGUAUCCAUUUUUUCUCCUCUCCAUCAAUGUUGUUAAGGGUUGGUCAGGGACUUGACAUUUGUUUCAACUACAGAACAUUUUGAUAAAAUAAAAACAAACUAUAUUACUAUGACUGCAUGUAAAGAUCAAAGCUAAUUGCACUGACUCAUAUUGCAUGUUUACACAUGUACAACAAACCUUGACACGAACACGUAUACACAUAAUUUUACUUUUGAAUUCGGUUUCUGUUUGAACCAGUUUGAUUUGUUUGUUGUUAGUUGCAUUUUUUAUAUUUUAAUUUUAGCGGCUAAAAGUUUAUUCUCAACAAAAACUAGAAUUUUUUUCUGGUUGUUAGUUUUUAGAAUUUUUCAGAUUUUAUUUUCAGUGUUUUUUUUUUCCGUUUUUGUUGAAGCAAAAAAAAAUGUUUGCUGAACUUCCGAAAACGACAAACUGCAGUAUUGACAACCAUAGACAUUGUCUUUAGAUUGGAUAGACGUGCUAUUUAUUUAAUGCGGUGGUAAAUGAAAAUGAAACUGACUUCUUGACUUACAAGCUCCUUCUUUAAAUCCACUACAUUUCCGGUUUAACAAUAAGGGAGAGCACUAGCAAACUUUGUAUAGGCUUCCUGUUAAAAUGUAUGAAUUUCAGUGUUACAAACUUUAUAAAACUGUCUAUCUAUACGAGUGUUCGUUUAAAUUAUACAAUCUAUUGGUAUUUUAAAUGAGGAUCAUGAGUGUUGUGAGAGACCCAGUCUACAUUUUCGAUUACUACUUGAAUGAGAGAUGAAAGAGUCAGAUCUCAUAAUGUAGAUUUGGUUUGUGUUGGUUGCUGUCAACUAAUAAAGAUAAACGUAUAACUUAUGCACACACUUUAUGAUGUUACCAUAUGAAAUGUUGGUGAAAUGUAUGUAUUAUAUAUAUAUCCAUAAGCUUUGUGUAAAACACUGAAAUAGUUAUCCUGCAAGGAUUGAGUCAUUUGAUCGUGUAUUAGUAGUCUUGUGGUUCUAUGAUAAGGUUAUUUUAGCAGUCUUGUGGUUCUAUGCUAGGGCUAAUUUAGUAGUCUUGUGGUUCUAUGCUAGGGCUAUUUUAGCAGUCUUGUGGUUCUAUGCUAGGGCUAUUUUAGCAGUCUUGUGGUUCUAUGCUAGGGCUAAUUUAGUAGUCUUGUGGUUCUAUGAUAAGGUUAUUUUAGCAGUCUUGUGGUUCUAUGCUAGGGCUAAUUUAGUAGUCUUGUGGUUCUAUGCUAGGGCUAUUUUAGCAGUCUUGUGGUUCUAUGCUAGGGCUAUUUUAGCAGUCUUGUGGUUCUAUGCUAGGGCUAAUUUAGCAGUCUUGUGGUUCUAUGCUAGGGCUAAUUUAGUAGUCUUGUGGUUCUAUGCUAGGGCUAAUUUAGUAGUCUUGUGGUUCUAUGCUAGGGCUAAUUUAGUAGUCUUGUGGUUCUAUGCUAGGGCUAAUUUAGCAGUCUUGUGGUUCUAUGCUAGGGCUAAUUUAGCAGUCUUGUGGUUCUAUGCUAGGGCUAAUUUAGUAGUCUUGUGGUUCUAUGCUAGGCUACUACAACGAGUGUUGGAAAGCGCCUACUGAAAUGCAGAUAGUUGAUAUUCCGUUUAAAAAAAAAUUAGGCCUCUUUGAAUAUACUUGCUUAGCUGUAGUAAUGUCCCAUAAAAAGGCAAUACAUUUUUUUAAUGUUUGUCCUGAAUUUGUUAUGAUCUUCUUUCAGCAUAUAGGCUUAUACACUGAAUAUCUUGUGACUUUUAUCAAAUCUUUCUAAACAGCAAUGAUAGGCUUUAAUGUUAUGAGCUUUUUAGACAAGAAAGAAUUUAAUGAUAAUGUUCUUUGUAGACACAAAUCUAGGCUCCUUUAUAUCUAUUUACUUUAUGUUCAUGUUUCUUAAUGAGCUGUUUUGACACUAUUGUAUGUAUCGUAUUGAGAUGUGUUGACACUAUUGUAUGUAUCGUAUUGAGCUGAAAAUGCAUCUUAAUAGCCAAUAAGUUUGUUCCCAUUCUUUGUUAUCAAAUAUCACAGUUUGUAUCAUACUACUUGAUAAACUGAAACACUAUUUAAGAUUGGAAGAACGUAUGCAUUAAAUCAGACUCGGUUAGAGCUUAUGACCCACAGCCUCAUACAUAAACGUUGGCACAUCACAUUUUAUGUAAUGAAUGUAAUGAGCAUGAAUUAAGUAGGCCUAUAUGCAUCUUAAUGAAUGGUUGUAUCAGACGUGAUUGAAUACAGUGGGUGCAGACGUGAUUGAAUACAGUGGGUGCAGACGAUCAUGUAAUACCAAGUAUUGAAAAGAUCUGUUUAUUCGGAAACUAUUUAGUGGCAGUAUGUAUGUUGUCAGCUAUUGCUGUCUUAAUGUGUGUCAAAAACUGAGAGAGUAUAUGAUCUCCGCCACAGCGUCUGUAGUGGGUGUGACAUCAAUCUUAUCUUCAUUGCGUAAAUAACGUGUAGCAUCCAAUGCAUUCAUAGUCAAGUAUUCAAAGUGUUCAAUAACAAAAAGUGUCAUUCAGAUCAUAUGAUAUUCAAGUUCAUGGCUUGCAUUUUGGAGAGAAACUAUUUCUCUUCACAUUGACUCUUUUAACCAUGUAUUUAUUUAUAUAUGUGUAACAAAGUCAUUUGUAUUUUGCAUAGCAGGCCAAUUGUAUGUAAACAAAAUACUGUGUACAUUGAUCAUUGUACUGAAAGAUUGGAAGUGUAUUUCCAUGAAGCAGUAUAUUAUAGACUUGAUAGUGACCUCUUGUACAAAUCUUGUCAAACUAGUUGAUUUCACUUUUAGAGGGCAGAACAAAAAUAAAACUAAGGAUCAUCGUAACAAUGUUCAGAAGAUCUUCAGCCUACAAACUUGUAAACAUUCGAUUAUAGGCUUACAUUCAGAGUCAAAAAGGUCAGUAAUUGAAUGUACAGUAAGGAAGCAGAAAAUAAACGACAUUUAUCUCUCUAUGUAUAAAGUCUGUAGAACUUGUGUGUAUUUUACAGUUUAAACAUUUAGUUCAUUGCAACUGUUGUCAAUGAGAAAUGAGUUAAUAAAAAAAUAAACAACUCUCUUCAAUUCUGUAAUGCUGAUUCGUUUAUUUUCAAUUGUUUGGUAGAAUACUAUAGUCGCAUUUUGUGCAAUACAUAAACAUGUUUCUCAGCAACAUCAAAACUGAAGAAAAUUCAAAAAAUAAAAAACAGUAUAAACUUACCAGAGAAACGAAACAAUUCCAAUUUUUAUUGAAAUACAGUUUUCUCUACCCUAUUUAAAAACAGCUCAACACUUCAAACGUUUAGAGUUUACAUUUUUAUUCGAUUGCUAGACACUUGAUUGAGAUACUUUGAUUGUGAUACACAUUUCUUGUGAGGGAGAAAAAAAAUUCUUGGCUGUGAUAGUUCUGUGCUAUUAUUAGAAGGCCAAUAUUUGGUGUUACAACUAUUAGACACUCUGAUUGUGUUCCGUGUUUACUGACUGUUCACACCAAGCACACUAAAUACCACACACACAUAUAUAUCUAUCUGCUGUUUGGAUUUUAUUGAUCACUUUUUGACUUUUGUGACUGUUAGUUCAGUCUUGACUGUGUUGUAGAUGUUAGAAGGCUCUAUGUCAAUAUUUUCAAUACAUAUCAUGUGAUAUCAAAAGCACUGCUAGUGUUACUACACUAUUUAUAAUUCAAAGAACUAUUUAUCUGUUGACAUAUUUGAUCAUGACUUCAUCGAUUUUAUUUUGUUUUCUUCUUCAAUGCAAUCAUUUCAAGUUUCUACCAACUUAAUACUGAACUCCUCCUGAUACAUUCACUAUAUGAUGCAGCAGAUUUGUUUUUUUCUAAAGACAACAUUUUUGUCCACUAGUUUUGAUCCAUGGUUUUAAUGAAAUGAGUGAGAUAUGUUCAGGUUUUAUAACUAUUUGAUUUGAUCCAUGGUUUUCUAUUUUGUUAAACACGAAAAAUAAAUGUCUGAUUUAUUUUUAUUUAAAAAAAGCUCUAGAAACUUUGAUUAGUUAUGUGUUGGCCACUGCAGUCAUUGACAAAACUUUUUUUUUCUAGUGUUGGCCACUGCAUUAACCCACAAAACUUCAAUGAGUUCCAGUAUUCAUUAUUCACGGAUGCAAUUUAUGCAAUGUAUAAAAUGUGUUUUGUCAUUGUUCUUUAUAUCAUAAAUGCUUAUCAGGAUAAAUGAUAAGGGGGCUGAUAAGUAGUUGAAUCAGGACCCUGUCAAGUUAAGAAACCAAGUAAAAUUUAGAAACUAAUAAUUGAAGCAUUUUUAAUCAAGUUAAAUUCUAGAAGAAACUCAAAACAAGCAGGAAAGAAAUAGUUACAAGGUUUCACCUACUUUCUGAGAUAGUGCAUAAAAUGCAGAAACAUUGUUUUCAAUAAAUGUAAAUACAU